AUGGCUGUGGAUCUGGAUCCAGCUGUGGCCCCACUGGCUAUAACUCCAGUUCCAGCUGUUACGCACCUCAGUACAGUUCCAGCUGUUGCUCGCCUCACUACAGUUCCAGCUGCUGCCUGCCUCGGUACAGUUCCAGCUGUUAUGCACCUCAGUACAGUUCCAGCUGUUGCUCACCUCGCUACAGUUCCAGCUGUUGCUCACCCCGCUACAGUUCCAGCUGUUGCUCACCUCGGUACAGUUCCAGCUGUUGCUCGCCUCGGUACAGUUCCAGCUGUUGCUCGCCUUGCUACAGUUCCAGCUGCUGCUCGCCUCGCUACAGUUCUAGCUGUUGCUCACCUCGUUAUAGUUCCAGCUGUUGCUCGCCUCGGUACAGUUCCAGCUGCUGCUCGCCUCGGUACAGUUCCAGCUGUUGCUCACCUCGCUACAGUACCAGCUGCUGCUCACCCUGCUGCAGUUCCAGCUGUUGCUCGCCCCGCUACAGUUCCAGCUGUUGCUCACCAUGCUAUGGCUGCUCUUCAGGAAGCUGCUGCCACUCUGGUGGAUACCGGAGAUACCGCCGUAGCAACUCCUCCCCAUGCUAAAUUGGGACAGGAGUGUCCUCAAGACAGGAAGACACAACACAAAUAG